AGGAAGGACGCAUCCGUCAAGCACCGGCGGCACCUGCAGCAGCCGCACCUGGAGCCACCGCCGCGGCCGCGCCGGCCCCUUCCCAGAUUUUCCCAGAUGGAUGAUAUCCGUGAAGCAAAUGGCUCUUUUGCCAUCAAACUCUUCAAAGUGUUGGGUGAAGAAGACGAGUCACAAAAUAUAUUCUUCAGCCCCAUCAGCAUCUUCUCCUCCAUGUCUAUGGUCUACCUGGGGACAAGAGGAAACACAGCAGCCCAGAUGUCCCAGGCACUUUGCCUUGACAGGGGUGGAGAUGUUCAUGGAAAUUUCCAGUUACUGCUCAAUGACGUUAACAAGACUGACCAUCAGAACUUGCUGAGAACGGCCAACAAACUCUUUGGAGAAGAAACAUGUGAUUUCCUUUCUUCCUUUAAGGAAUCCUGUCAGAAGUUCUACCAGGCCGGGCUGGAAGAGCUGUCCUUUGUCAAAGAGAGUGAAGACUGCAGGAAGCGCAUCAAUGCCUGGGUUUCAGAAAAGACGGAAGGUAAGAUCUCAGAGGUGCUGGGUCCUGGGUCAGUCAGUUCCCAGACGAAGAUGGUCCUUGUGAACGCUGUGUAUUUCAAAGGAAAAUGGAAUGAGCAGUUUGACAGAAAACACACGAGGGAAAUGCUCUUCAAAACCAAAGAGGAAAGGAAAACAGUGAAGAUGAUGUUCAAGAAAGCUAAAUUUAAAAUAGGGGACAUACCUGAGCUACACACCCAGGUCCUGGAGCUUCCCUACAUGGGAGAGGAAUUGAGCAUGAUCAUUCUGCUACCGGAUGAAAACACUGACCUCUCUGUGGUGGAGGAGGCGCUCACGUACGCAAAGCUCAAGGCCUGGAUCAGUCCAGACAACCUGACGAAAAGUAAAGUCCAAGUUUUCCUUCCCAGAUUAAAGAUGGAGGAGAACUAUGAGUUGAAGUCGUUCCUUCAGCGUUUAGGGAUAACCGACGCGUUUGACGAAAUCAAGGCUGACUUUUCUGGGAUGUCGUCCAGGAAGAAUGUGCCUUUGUCCAAGGUGGCCCACAAGUGCUUCGUGGAGGUCAACGAGGAAGGCACAGAGGCCGCGGGGGCCACGGCCGUGGUCAGGAACACCCGCAGCGCCAGAAUCGAACCCACGUUUCGUGCCGACCACCCGUUCCUUUUCUUCAUCUGGAGUCACCCAGCCAGCAGCAUCUUGUUCUGCGGCCGGUUCUGUUCUCCCUGAAGACCUGGGCGCGGCGUUCCCUUCCGCCUACUCUUUGCCUUCCUCGCGUUCCACGUGGCCAGAGGCUCCAGGUGUCUUGAAUGGCAAAAUAAAGUUCACGCCCAUGGGGUGGCUUGUUGGAUGUCUUUGUGGAAGGUUCCAGUGGCGUGGGGAAAUCAUCUCAUCUUCCGACGUGGGAAGAUGGGGGCUGAGGAGAGUGAGCUUGUGGAGGGUUGGGGUGCAGGUCACAUGGCCUUUGCCCUCACGGAAGCCCCCGUGUCUCUUGUUGGGAGGCUUGCCAGUGGUUCCCGGCCAGCCCUCCACUGCUCUUCUAUUCUCAGGUGGUCUCAGCUCUGUGAAA